AUGGCUCCGCUACCUCUGUUCCGUACAACUCCGCCGUACCGUGCGUUCUCGAGAGUGGGAAUCGAUUAUGCCGGCCCAUUCCUGACAAAGCAAGGUCGUGGGAAGAGUCAGCUCAAGCGCUAUGUCUGUGUAGUCACGUGCCUACAGUCAAGAGCCUGCCACCUGGUGAUGUCAUACGGCAUGGACACGGAUUCAUUCUUGUUGGCGUUCACAAGAUUUUGCAAACGCUGUGGAGUUCCAACAGAAGUUGUGUCCGACAAUGGGACACACUUUGUAGCUGGAGAGCGUGAGCUUCGAGAAGCAGUCAAAGCUCUGGAUUGCAGCCAAGUGACUGAGUACAUGGCCAGUCAUAGUAUUCACUGGCAUUUCAAUCCCCCGGCAGCGCCUCACUUUGGUGGUGUAUUUGAGAGUAUGGUGAAAGCUGCAAAGCGCGCUAUGAUGUCUACACUAUCGCAAGUCAGUCUCACCGACGAAGAGUUACUGACAGCAAUGGUGGUAGCUGAAGGCCUGCUUAACUCUCGGCCGCUAACAGCUGUACCUUCCGAUGCGCAGGAUCCAUCGCCUCUCACACCGUCGCACUUCGUGUUGGAGUAG